AUGAAGACUGCCAAUUUACUUGCGGCCACCAUGGCCUUGAUGCAAAGUGCAUCUGCCCAUUACAUAUUCCAGCAACUGUCAGUUGGUUCGACCAAGUACCCUGUGUUCCAAUACAUCCGACAGAACUCCAACUACAACUCUCCUGUUACAGAGCUGGACUCGAACGACUUACGGUGCAAUGUCGGCGCAUCGGGAGCCAAUACCCAAACUGUUGGCGUCAAGGCGGGUGACUCCAUCACCUUCACUCUUGACACGGCGGUCUACCAUCAGGGACCCAUCUCGGUGUACAUGUCCAAAGCACCUGGAUCUGCUUCAUCCUACGAUGGAAGCGGUACUUGGUUCAAGAUCAAGGACUGGGGUCCAAGUUUUAACGGUGGAUCUUCAAGCUGGCCCAUGAAUCUCAGCUACACUUUCAAUCUUCCCGUUUGCAUCCCUAACGGCGAGUACCUCCUUCGCAUCCAGAGUAUCGGUAUCCACAACCCAUGGCCAGCAGGCGUCCCUCAGCAAAAACCUCAGUUCUACAUUAGCUGUGCUCAGAUCAACCUUAAUGGCGGCGGCAGCACUGUUCCUGGUUCCCAAGUCAAGAUUCCCGGUGCCUUCAAAGAGACAGAUCCAGGAUAUACUGCCAACAUCUACUCCAACUUCAACAGCUACACCAUUCCCGGUCCCGCAGUGUUCUCUUGCAACGGCGCUCCUGGCGGUGACAAUAGUGGUACCCCUCCCGCUACUACCCUCCAGACAUCCACACAACCAGCUCCCACCCAGCCUGGUAACUGUGCUUCUCUUUGGGGCCAGUGUGGCGGACAAGGCUUUUCAGGUGCUAAGUGCUGUGCUACUGGGACUUGCAAGUCGGUGAACGACUUUUACUCUCAAUGUGUUCAGUAA